GAUAUGUAUAUACGAGUAACGCACGUUUCCAGUGCGAGGAAUGUGACUACAGCGGCACAUGGAAACAAUCUCUGAAGCAUGCAAAAACAAGUGAGAAAUGUAAAAGAAGUAUGGAUAAUUCUCCUAAAGACACCAAAAAAAAUGCAAUAACCUACUACUGCGUGCACUGUAAAUUUAGCACGAGUUCAUUCAAUAAGUUCCACGCCCACAAUUUGUCGUGCGAAAAUUUGACCUUCAAAUGCUCCUUCUGCGAGUUAAUCUGUUUCUCGCAAAACAACUUCGACAUACACGUCUAUAGACGGCAUAAAAGACAGAACGACGUGGAAAAAAGAUAUUUUUUUAAAAACGAGUUAUUUUCCUGCGAAAAAUGCGAUCAUGUCGGGGUUAAGUCGGAUACCCGGCACGAAUGUGACCCCAAAAAAGUUCAAAUAAAACAGCAAAAGAAGCAUCAUUGCGGGUACUGCAAUUUUUCGUGCAAGAAAGCUUUCAAUUUGAGUCGACAUUGCGAGACACUUCAUAAAGUAAAGAAUUACUCCGCUGAAAUGGUCGAAUUGAUUAACCAAUCGAAAUCCAACCACCAGUGUCCAUACUGCGAAAGUUUUCGUAGCGAGACAACUUUAAAUUUACAAAACCACGUCUUGAACGAGCAUUGGGAGCAAAAUGACGUUGAGAAAAAAAUAAAAUUCAACUUCCUAAAAUGCCAGAACUGUUUGUUCAGAACAUUGCAAAAAAAAUUAUUGGUGGAACAUAUUUUACGAUGCCAUAAAGAAACGUCCAAAUUGUUACAGUCCCCUGUCGCUCCAAAGCCCGAUACAAAAUUAAAAGAACCCAAAAGAAGGCAGUACAGAUGCACACAAUGUCCGUACAAAACAAGAAGUCUUUUGAACGUUGUAAAACAUCAGAAAGGUUGUAAGGAAGUAGACGCUCAACCUGUCCCAAAAGAUCUUGAUGGUUUGUUCAAGGUUAAACGUGUGAAACCCUAAAAAAUAAAUGUAUUUUGUG